AUGGAAGCAGAAACGUUUUCCGACAUUUCGAUCAAGAUAUCCACUUUCUACUUGAAGUUCGCUACGCUUUGGGCUGUCACCCUCAAUGCUAGUCUCCUACUGAUUCUAAUAAAGGUGUACGUCAUGACGGUGAACAAAGUGAAACUUAAUGAAUUGAUUCAAUUCAUGAAAGACCAUUUCUGGAAACAUAAUUAUAACUAUCGCGAGAAAGAGAUCUUAGCCGACAGCAGCAUGGUAUGUAGUGUAAUUGCCAUCGCGAUUACCAUUGGUGGUCAUGCUGUUGUUACAAUGCAGUGUUUUGCACCAAUCAUUGCCAAUAUGGGAAAAAAUGAAACCGAUAGAAUACUUCCAUUCAAUAUGUUGUGCGAUUUCAUAUUGAUCAGUCCCUACUAUGAAAUUUUCUACUUCGUCCAGCAGUGUAUUAUCACUCCGUCGUGUGUUUUUUUUUGUUUUGACGAAAUUAUCUGCCUUAUGAGCCUACAUGUGUCUGCCCAGUUUCGUAUACUUCAAUACAGGCUGGUAAAUCUGUAUGACACAAUAGAGAAAAUGCAGGAUGACAAUGCAAAUGUAAAUGUAACCAUGUAUUCCUGUAAAUGUUAUGAAAAAUUGAAAAACUGCAUUCGGCAACAUCAGGAUCUCAUUAAUUUUUCCGCGAAGAUUGAGGAAGUGUUCACGCUGAUCAUAUUCGCUGAAACGACAAUGGUCAGUGGACUAAUCUGUCUUUUAGGGUAUCAAAUGCUUUCGGGAACAGUAGAAUUGCUAUCACGUUUGUCCUGCGGGGCUGGCGCGUUUGGUAGCUCGGUCUUGCUACUUAUGGUCAUGUACUCUUGCAACGAUCUGAUAGUACAAAGUGACAAUGUCAGUUUGUCGGCGUACUCAGCACCGUGGACGCUUAUGCCGAUGGAUAAAUUUGGCAGAAGUCUGCGAAACGAUCUGAUGAUGGUCUCGGUGCGAUCGAGACGUGUUUGCUGCUUGACUGCGAAUGGAUUUUUCCCGAUAUCGCUGGAAACUUACUCCAAAAUUAUGAGUACCGCCGUCUCAUACUUUACGUUAUUGACCAGCCGCACAGAGAGUAUGAUCGAAGAUUGAUUACGAUCAACUCCCGACGAAUUUCUGAGUAUGGACUUUAUCAAUAUGUUACAUUUUAGAUGUAA